AUGUUUCAGGUUUCCGUCGCUGACUAAGCAGUGAACUGGGGUUGCCUCAAAUCCUCAUCAAAGAGAAACGAAGCAUCCAGCUGCUGGACGGACCGCGGACCAAGAGAACGGUACCGAGGAGAUAGUGAGUGGGCCAGCGUCGCUGGGUCCUCCACCGCCGGGCUUCGCAGUGAGCCUCAGUCCACCGAACGCAGCAGCUGGAGAAGAAGAAGAAAAAGAAAAGACGCAGCGUCCUAAACGGGGACAAAGUUCCUUAGAACCAGAACUAAGCGGGUCAGUUGUAAGUGGACCCGUCCAGGUUCCAGUAAGACACACGUUGCUGGUUCGGGUUCGUCCUCUGCUGGAGGUUCCGAGGCUCAGAGGUCCAGACGAGCGGACAACGGGACCGAACCGUUUGGAAUAAGGUGAAACUUCAAGAAAGAAUGUACAGUAGACGUUAAUGAAUCUGAUUAUACGUUUAUUUAAGAUCAGACAUGUCUGGACACAAAUAAGCUGCAGCAGGUCGAAGUCAAGUACAAUAACAAAAUAAUAAUAAUACAAAAAUAAUAGUGUUAAGUUCUUGUAACAACUAGAGAAAGAACCUGAUCCUCUUCUGACCUCGUGUGGACUUAAACGACUUUAUAUCAACAGUUCAGACUCAAUAAUCAAUAACGCAGAUAUUCAUCACACAGUAAUAUGAGCACCAAUAACAUGAAACUAGUGAAAAAAACUAAAUCGGUCGUAACUGUGAUCAUAAACACACUCAAACCAAAACCAUGCAAACAGACAAACUUAAAUCCAGUUGAUGCGGACUAACUAAAUCCUUACAUUCAUCAUUACAGAGGCCUCAUCUUGCCCAUAGUCAGAGCUGCAGAGGCCUUUGUUUGGUCACGCUGCCCUUAACGCUGUGCUGCGUCCAGGUCUGUGUGAUGCUCUACUGCAGCACGCGAGGUGGGGUCCGGGGAUGGGACUUCCAGAAGGUUCUGUUUGCAGGCUACGCUCCGGACGGGGGCAUGUUCCUGCCGGAGGCGGUGCCUGUGCUGAGCCCGGACACAAUCAGGUCCUGGAAGGAUCUGUCCUACACCCAGCUGGUGGUGGAGGUGUGUUCCUUGUUCAUCCCCACGCAGCUCAUCCCCAGACGGGACCUGGAAGUUCUGGUGGGUGAAGCUCUGUCCAGCUUCUCGGUGCCUGAGGUGGUCAGAGUCGUUCGCCUGAAGGAGGGUCUGUCGGUGCUGGAGCUCUUCCACGGCCAGACGUUGGCCUUCAAGGACCUGGCCAUGACUUGCACUGUGCGUUUCCUCAGCUACUUCCUUCAGAAAGACAAUCUCAGAGCUACUGUCCUCGUCGGCACGUCGGGCGACACCGGCGGCUCGGCCGUCCAAAGCGCCAGGGGCCUGCGAGGCGUCGACGUGGUGGUGGUGUACCCGCGAGGACGCGUCACUCCGGUCCAGGAGAAGCACAUGAUCACCUGCCUCCAGGACAACAUCCACGCGUUUGCAGCUGGGUUCAUAGUGAAGCUGAUGGGGUUUCCUCUGAGGCUGGUGGCCAUGGUUAACGCCAAUGACAUCCUUCAUAGGACGGUGACCACUGGAGACUUCUCCAUGGCGCCGGGUGUGAUCCAAACGCUGGCCCCUGCUAUCGACAUCCAGGACCCAUACAACAUGGAGCGAGUAUUCUGGCUGAUGCUGAACAGAGAUGGAGAAACAGUGAAGAACAUGAUGGAGGAGUUUCAACGUUCACACAAGUUCUCUCUGCCUGAAAAGCACCACCAGCUGUUGUCACAGGUUUUCUCUACUGGAGCGGUGAGCGAUGAAGGGAUACUGGACACCAUGAGGAGAUGCUGGCAGGAAAACCACUAUGUUCUGUGUCCUCAUACCGCUGUGGCCGUGUGGCAUCACUACCACUGUCCUCACAGCCCUGGGAUCAGCAGAUGUUACAUUGCAACAGCAUCUCCAGCCAAGUUCCAGGCUGCAGUGCAGAGGGCCGGCUUGACCUGUGACCAGCCUGAGGCAGUGCAGGCGCUGGACUCAUUACCGACUCGUUACCAGAACCUGGAGCGGAGCCUGGACUGGUGCAAGGACUGGGAGGAUAGGCUGAGAGAGAAGAUCCAGUGGAUAAGCUCCUCCAGGAAAGACGCAGACACUUACAAACACUGAAAAAAAUCACUUUUAUACGGCCAAUAUUAUUGUGUGUGAUUUUUACAAUAUCUAUUUAAUCUUGAAAUAAACUGUAGCGUUAUUAGUUCUCUAAUGAUGGAUGUUAUUGUUCCACAGCUUUCAUAAAAAGGCCUUAAAUGGAUUUAAUAAAGGAUGUGGAUGAAAACCACCUUCACAGUAAAUCAAUCAGCUGUUCAUUGUCCUAAAAAUAAACACGGUUUUGUCUCAUUUGUAGAGUCAGUAUCUCUUUUGUUGCUGUAUUAAUAUGUUUAAAGUUCACUUGACUUCUGUCCAUAUACGAGUAUGCCCACAGAGAAAAAUAUGUUAGACAUUCACAACAACACCAUCACAAAAAUAAGGAGUGAUGAGGAAGGAGGUAUCCUCCUUCAAUGUGAUUAUUGUUUUAUAAUUGUCAGUUCAGCAGUAUAAAAUAUGAAGCAUUCAUUUUGCAGCAACAUUGCACCUUUGACUGUUACAUUAUUCUAUAUGAACUACUUUACUGAGCAUGAGAACAUGUGAAGGACUGUUUCUAGACCUGCAUUUUGUAAAGGACUGUAUUUUGGUCAAAGCACCAGGACCAGAUCGAUGUUUUACUCAUCAAUCAACCAUUGACCUUCAGAAUCCUUAUAAUAUUCUUGAAUCUCUCUGAGAUAAAUGUGCUUUUAAUGUAACUAGUAAAUAUUAUAAAUAAUAAAUAUUCUUUAUUGAA